AUGGAUUCACAAUCAUCAGUGACUGUGAAUGGGGUGACUAAGAAUCCUCAUGACGAGAAGCCUGAGAAGUUCAAGGGAAUUGACUUCAAGAGAUGGCAACAGAAGAUGUUGUUUUAUCUCACAACCAUGAAUCUGGCACAUGUUGUCAGAGAGGAGGCUCCCAAAUCAGGAGAAAUUCCAAUGUCUAAGGAAACAAUGAUGACCAUUGAGGCUUGGAAACAAUCUGAUUUCCUGUGCAGAAACUACAUCCUUAACAGGCUUGAUGAUACUCUGUAUGACAUUUAUUCGUCAUACAAUUCUGCAAAGGAAGUUUGGGAAUUACUUGAGAAAAAAUACAAAACAGAAGAUGCUGGUGCCAAAAAGUUCGUGAUUGGCAAAUUUCUCAAGUAUGCCAUGGUUGAUUCGAAGACUGUUAUUAAACAGGUUGAAGAACUUCAAAUUCUGAUCCAUGAUUUGCUUGCAGAGGGGUGCUCUAUUAAUGAACAAUUCCAGGUUGGAGCAAUCAUAGAGAAACUGCCUCCAUCAUGGAAAGACUUCAAAAUUUACUUGAAGCACAAGCGCAGAGAGAUGUCUAUGGAGGAUCUGAUUUUGAGGUUUCGAGUUGAGGAGGAUCACAGGAAAGGUGACAAGGGUGAAGUGCCUGUCAUGGAAGCCAAAGCCAAUGUCGUUGAGACAUCAAAGCCAAAAUUCCAGAAUAACAAGGGCAAGAAAGUUGCAAAGAACUAUGGCAAAACUCAUGCACCAAAAGGCAAGGGUUUCAAGAAAAUCAAAGGUGCUUGCUGGGUAUGUGAAAAACCAGGGCAUAAAGCACAAGAUUGCCGCCACCGAAGAGACCAAAAUCCAACCAAUCCUCAAGCCAACGUGACUGAAGUCAAUGAACAUUUUGUGGCUGUAGUGUCUGAAACCAAUCUGGUUUCUGAUACUAAGGACUGGUGGGUUGAUACAGGUGCUACUAGGCACAUUUGUGGUGACAGAAAUCUGUUCACUGAUUACAAACAGAAUUCUAGUGGUGAGAAACUGUACAUGGGAAAUGCCUCUGCAUCUGCAGUUGAAGGCAAAGGCAGUGUGCUGCUGAAGUUCACUUCUGGGAAGGUUUUAACCCUUUUGGAUGUGCUGCAUGUUCCUGAAAUUAGGAAGAACUUAGUGUCUGGCCCAAUUCUUAGUAAGAAGGGUUUCAAACUUGUAUUUGAAUCUGACAAGUUCAUCCUAACCAAAGGAGGGCUGUUUGUAGGAAAGGGUUACCUUGCUGAUGGCUUGUUCAAACUCAACGUAACUGGCAAUGAUGCUUUUAAUAAUAAUAUAAAUAAGGUUCCCGUUUACUUUGCUGAGUCUUCUAAUAUUUGGCAUGCUAAAUUAGGUCAUAAUCCAAGUUUUCUAGGCAAACCUUUAAAUCUGUUCAAGGAAGAUCAAAUGAAUUACUUGGAUUAA